AUGUCAGAAAAUUGCCAAAGUGCACCUUUCACUGGGACAGAAUGUGCUCUGCAACCCUCUGUGCCUGUGCUGAGGAAUGCCACACCCUCAGCAGGAACUGUGUGCAAUUUCUAUGGGGUCUGCACCCCAGCUGUGAGCUCAGCAUGGCUCCUGUCAUCAGACUCCAGCACAUGCUGCCAGCAGCUCAUGGACAGUGCCUGUCUUUACCAACGAGCUGGCACGACCAUGCUGACUGAGCCAACUGACCAGAACCAGAUCUCUACUUCGACAUUUUCCUAUCCAGGUGUUCUCCACUGGGAUCUCAGAGAAAGCACCACCAGAAGGGAAGCUCCAUUCCUGGAUGCCCCUGUAACUGUCAUUGACCAGAAUACCACCCCCUCGUCUAGGUCUAUAACAGCCCAGUGUGACAAUACUUUCCAUAUCAAUGCAUUACCGCCAUCCUAUCCAACACUGUCUGCCUGCCUUGUACAGGCAACGCCAUCAAAUCUACCAGAUCAACGAUAUAUCCUGGCACCUUGCUACCUGGAUGGAAGUCAGGUCUAUUACAAUGACCAGAACAGCCUGGGUCCUCCGAUGGCUGAAGAAUUCUGGCAGUGCCUGCAGGCCUAUGGCUCUGUGUCCUGCUCUGGGAAUCAGGCUUCCUCUCUGCACCCAGGGAUGGUGAAGGCACUACAGGAGAUUCAGCCAAUGAACAUCCAAACACCUUUCUCCACCUGUCCCAUCUACUGGCCCACAUCUGCUCAAACCAUGCCAGACACCAGUCUUCAAGUGGUGGAGAGGGAGACAACCCUGGGGUUGACACCUUCAGGGCAGACACUGUGUCUGCUGCAGAGUCCAGACCUCGGCAAUGCCUGCACCCAGGAUGCCCAGAUGAAGACAGCACCUGUCAGUAGGAGCAGGUCAUUAAUUGCCCUCAUGCACAGUCCUUCUGAAUUCCUGGCCUUGCCUCCAGCCACAAGCCUGGAAAAGACACAGAAGAACAAUGCAGAUGAGAUGAAUGCUGAGCAAUCAACACCUCUGGAUUCCUAUGAGGGCACAAAAUGUAACCAAGACGCAUCACCCCUCCCUUCAGCAUACCCUGGCAUGCAGCAGCCCUUGAACUACAGUGAUGUUGGGAGCCUGAGGCAGAAGCUAGCUUCUCAAAAUGCCACUUUGGGAAACAGUAGCCUUGGUCUGGAAGACCCUGAGGCUCUGCAGAGUGUCAUGGAGUCUAGCAAUGACUUUGCAGACAUGACUACUCUGGUGGCAGAUAUUCACCUUCCCCAACUCUUAAACUUCAACACUGGCCUUGACCAAAUGGAAGAUCACACAGCAAGCCAAACCAAAGACUCCAAAGACAUCAGGAGGGACCAGGCCCAGUCACGCACCAGCAUCUUAAGUGGACUAUCUGAACUGGGCCUCAAGAAAAACCAGAAAGUCUCUGAUGUGUUUCAUGGAGCUCUUCAGGCCAGAACCCAUCACGAGGAUAUGCUGAAGGAAGAUGAUCCUGGAACCAUAGACAACACGGCCAACCACGUGCAGAAAAAUUGCCAAAGUGCACCUUUCACUGGGACAGAAUGUGCUCUGCAACCCUCUGUGCCUGUGCUGAGGAAUGCCACACCCUCAGCAGGAACUGUGUGCAAUUUCUAUGGGGUCUGCACCCCAGCUGUGAGCUCAGCAUGGCUCCUGUCAUCAGACUCCAGCACAUGCUGCCAGCAGCUCACAGACAGUGCCUGUCUUUACCAACGAGCUGGCACGACCAUGCUGACUGAGCCAACUGACCAGAACCAGAUCUCUACUUCGACAUUUUCCUAUCCAGUGGUGGAGAGGGAGACAACCCUGGGGUUGACACCUUCAGGGCAGACACUGUGUCUGCUGCAGAGUCCAGACCUCGGCAAUGCCUGCACCCAGGAUGCCCAGAUGAAGACAGCACCUGUCAGUGGGAACAGGUCAUUAAUUGCCCUCAUGCACAGUCCUUCUGAAUUCCUGGCCUUGCCUCCAGCCCCAAGCCUGGAAAAGACACAGAAGAACAAUGCAGAUGAGAUGAAUGCUGAGCAAUCAACACCUCUGGAUUCCUAUGAGGGCACAAAAUGUAACCAAGACGCAUCACCCCUCCCUUCAGCAUACCCUGGCAUGCAGCAGCCCUUGAACUACAGUGAUGUUGGGAGCCUGAGGCAGAAGCUAGCUUCUCAAAAUGCCACUUUGGGAAACAGUAGCCUUGGUCUGGAAGACCCUGAGGCUCUGCAGAGUGUCAUGGAGUCUAGCAAUGACUUUGCAGACAUGACUACUCUGGUGGCAGAUAUUCACCUUCCCCAACUCUUAAACUUCAACACUGGCCUUGACCAAAUGGAAGAUCACACAGCAAGCCAAACCAAAGACUCCAAAGACAUCAGGAGGGACCAGGCCCAGUCACGCACCAGCAUCUUUAGUGGACUAUCUGAACUGGGCAUCAAGAAAAACCAGAAAGUCUCUGAUGUGUUUCAUGGAGCUCUUCAGGCCAGAACCCAUCACGAGGAUAUGCUGAAGGAAGAUGAUCCUGGAACCAUAGACAACACGGCCAACCACGUGCAGGGCAAAUCUCAGAUAUUUGUACCCAAGAGGCCCAGCGUAGCAAGGGCACAGGGGAAAGAAAAGGCCAAGGACACCAGAGGAAACAGCUCCAAGAAAACAGAGGAGCUGAAGCCAUCAAGUCACAGAGUCAAGGCAGAAGAGAAGCCCGCCAUCCCAAAGACCAAGAGGAAGAGGAAUCCACCUGAGCUCAGCCAUGACAGCUUUAAGAAGCCUCGAACUCACCUCGGCAUGCACAUGCUGGCGUCUGUGCAGGUCUUUCACCCACUGGGGAAGAAGAGUGAGAGGAAAACUGGCGUCUCCUCCUCCCGGGCUCUGCUGAACUUGAGCAGCAACAAAGAUCCCAGGACAGGCCCAACCGCCACAUCCCUGGGAGAUGCGCCCCGUGAGGGUCGAGGCCCUGGUAGAAUCCCGGGCAAUGCUCAGAGAACAGAGAGCAGUGCUCCCAAGCGGUGUCCAUCUCUGUGCCUGGAUGAGCUGUCCCCAGCUGGGAAGGUCAAAUUAGUACCUCUGCCUUUCCUAGCCCUGGACAAGCCUCAAGACAGACCUGUUUCCAGAAAGCUUCACUGCCUGGCUUCGCACAGGCCCACUACAGCUUACCCAGUGAGGUCUCAAUCCCACACUGCUAGGCAACCCAAACUCAAGUCAUCCCAACCAGCUCCUGCCAGCACAUCACUGAUGGCCUCUGACAAGUCGGCUCUGCCAGUUGCCACCAGUGCCACACGUCCAAUUAGAAGCAAGCCCAUCCAGUCUUGCCCUGGGCCUCAACCGCCUGCCUCUUUGCCUGCACCCUACAGAGCAUCAUCUCACACUUCACUCCACAGGGAGCCUCUUUCUUUUGCCACAAACAAGACCCUAGAUCCUCCCCAGCCUCAAUCCCAAUACCUGCGGCAAGAUUUCAGCCACUUACCAAUUCCUUGGAAGAAAGUCAACAUUCCGGGACCAGUCAUCUCACAGCCUAUCACUGAAGAGCAGAGGCCAGAGAGGGAGGCCAUGAAGAGGCGGGCUCAACAGGAGAGAGAGAAUGCUGCCAAGUGUACCUCUCUGGGAAAACCACAGCUUUUCCUUCAGAGGGAGAAAGAUAUGGAAAUUUCGAGAUAUUAUGGCUAUGCAGUGUAA